AUGAUUAGGCCGGGACAAACAGGAGUAUUUAAAACGAAUACUGUUUUAGCAUACGAUGAUAAUCUAAACCUUCUAGCCUGGGGUUAUCCAGCAUUAGCAGAGGAGCCCUCAAGGAAACAAAAAAGGAAUCAAACCAAAGCACAAUCAAGACCAGUAGAAUUGUUUAAACUUCAUUUGGCUAAUAAUAUAAAGGAUGAUGAAAAACCGCCACUUCCUUUAGGUUUGGAUUUUAAAAGAGUCAUUACUGACUAUUUACAUCAAAUGAAUAAAUCAAUCGCAGACGUUUUGAAUACUCGAUGGCCAGGUCUAAAAUAUCCUCAACAAGUAAGAUAUGUUAUAUCAGUUCCUGCUGAAUGGGGACAUGAUGCAAGAGCUAUUAUGAGAGAGUGCAUGUAUAAUGCAGGCUAUUUGGAAACCAAGCAAUCUCUAAAUUUAGAAUUUACUUCGGAACCGGAAGCAGCUGCUAUAUAUUGUAUAAAAACUUUAGCUGAACAUAAUUUGGCAGUAGGAUCAUCAUUCAUGAUUGUAGAUUGUGGUGGUGGUACGGUAGAUUUGACCACACGGACAUUGUUACCUGGUAAUAAACUUGGAGAAAUUACUGAAAGAAGUGGUGACUUGUGUGGAUCAUCUUAUGUUGAUCGAGAAUUUCUAAAGUAUCUUGGGAAGAAACUUGGAUUUGCAGCUAUGAAAAAGCUCAAGGAGAACAACUACGGACAACUCCAAUAUCUGGUACAAAAUUUUUGUAAUAAAGUUAAAUUUAGCUUUUCAGGCAAUCCAAAUGGAUUCACCACAAAAGAAAUAGAUAUUGAAAGGGUUUGUCCCGCGCUUAUGAAAUAUGUAACCGGUAAUGCGCAAGAUCAAAUGGAAGAGGCUGAAUGGAUGGUUGAGUUAGAAUUCCAAACGAUCAAGGACAUGUUCGAUCCUGUGGUGAAUAAGAUUAUCGAUCUUGUUCGCAAGCAGUUAGCUAAAAUGGAACGAAGAUGUUUGGCAAUGUUUUUAGUUGGUGGCUUUAGUGAGAGUCUUUAUUUACAAUAUCAAAUUCGUAGAAAUUUCAUGAGUGUGGUACCGGUAAUUGCUGUACCAAAACAUCCUAUUGCAGCAGUAGUAAGAGGAUCAUUAGAAUAUGGACUUAAUAUGGAUGUGGUUCAAACUCGUGUAUUGAAGUUUUGUUACGGAAUUGAAGUUAGUUCCAGAUGGGAAAGAACUGACCCACCAGAACGUAGAACACAAACAGGGCGUAUUUUCAAAUUUCACAAAUUGGCAUACCGUGGUACGGAAGUAUCAGUUGAUCAAAAAUAUUCCUACACAGCAGCACCAGUUGUUCCAAAUCAAGUAGAUAUGACAUUCAAUAUUUUCAUUUCACCCGAUAAUGGUGCAAAUUAUUGUGAUGAGGAUGGAAUGAGAAUGCUUGGCAAGAUGAAAAUUGAUUUACCAGAUCCACAAAAAGGUAAAAAUCGAUUGGUAGAGUUUAGUUUAACUUUUAGUACAAUGGAAAUAAAAGCGAUGGCUAUUAACAAAAGAACUGGACAAAUUUAUGAAAGUAACUUUGUUCUGGAAUUCUAA